GUCCGUCCGUUUGUCCGUCCUUCCGUCCCCGUCCGUCCCCGCCGCGGUUGCUCACGGAGCGGGAGGCGGAGGCGGCCGCCGCUCCCGCCGCUCCAGGACCAGGACCCGGACCCGGCCCGGCCCCCUUAGCCCCUUGGCAGCCCCGGGGAGGGUCGGGGGGCAGCCUCAGCCUCAGGGCAGUAUCUUCAGGGUUCCUCUCAGGCUGUGGCCACUCUGCUCACCAUUGCCCGCCCCUUCGUCUGAAGUUCAUUUCUAGAAGCAGGAGUUUCCCCUCCCCGCCGGAGCCGGGCAGAGGGGUAUGAACCGUGAGGGUGCUCCCGGGAAGAGUCCGGAGGAGAUGUACAUUCAGCAGAAAGUGCGGGUCCUGCUCAUGCUAAGGAAGAUGGGAUCGAAUCUGACGACCAGCGAAGAGGAAUUCCUGCGGACGUACGCGGGAGUCGUGAACAGCCAGCUCAGCCAGCUCCCACAGCAUUCAAUCGACCAGGGUGCAGAAGACGUGGUCAUGGCGUUUUCCAGGUCGGAGACGGAAGACAGGAGACAGUAGCCGGAGAAGCUUCGGGAGAGGCCCAGGGGCUGGCCAGGGCCAUGACAGCUCUGCAGAUCUGGGAGGCUGGCUGAGAGGAACCUGCCCCUUGUCCUCCUCCCCUCACCCCUUCCUGAGUUCUUUCCCGUCCAUCCCUCUGCCCCCUUCACACUCUCACACAAAAACACACACAUGUACACACAAACCCCUCCCUUCCAAAGCAUCCCCCAGCCUCCUCCUGUUCCCUACGCUGCUGCUCAGCUGGGCUGUGAGUCGAGAGAAAGCAGUGGUGUCACUCAGAUUUGCCCAGAGGGACGGACUCCAUGAUUGGCUGAAGAAAGAAACUUUUUUUUUUCCAUUCUUGACCAACGGAAACCUUUUCUUUUUAUUUCUGACAUUUUAUUUUAAACGUGUGUGUGUGUUCUGUUUUGGGUUUUUUUUUUUCUUGCGACUCUCCGCGUCGGCUGCCCGGGAAGCGUUCCGUGCCCUGGUGCUUUUGUUUUAUUAUUAUUUUUUUAUAGGUCACUUAGCAAUGUGAAAUGAUUUAGAUUGGCUGCUUAAAACUGGAAACAGAAUUUAAUUGGCUGGUUAAUAGAAAGCGCGCCUCUUUGCGAUUGGCUUCAAGGGGUCUUCAGACCGCCUCGGCUCUUGGUUUUGAGGGAAGAAAACAGGGUUCAAGGCGUUGACGGUUGUGACGGUUAAUGACUUGUAAAAAGGGAAACUGAGGGCGCUUUGCAAUAUUUAUUACACAGUGAGCUUGCUGCUGCUGCUUUUAUGAUUUGAUUUCUGAAUUUGAUCGGCCUUUGCCUUGUAUGUGUAAUUCCUAGUGCCCCAAGAUCUUCCCUCACUUGGCUGCUUGGAGGCUGCUGGGGCCGGGCCUGAAGGAAGGAGGCCUCUUGCCCCCCUGACGAAGGUCGCCCUCAACUCCGCUCUUCCCGGGGCCAGGAGGGCUUGCACUUGGCGAGCAGGAGCCGGGAGGAAUUUCCUUCGUGGUCCUGGGCCAGCCACUCUCCAGAACCUGAGGAGGUCACUGGGAACUUGAUUGGAGAGUUUAAGCGAAGGUCCAGGUCCUCGUGGGGAGAAUAAAACGGCUGCCCCCAAAACUGAUCUUCUGGUUUUAUUCUCUAAGAAGCUGUUUGCUCCCGGAGCGGGGUCCAGCUUUGUUCCCUGAGGCCGGGGCCCUGCAGUUCCCAGGCUGCCUCUCGCCCUAGGACUUAAUAAUAAUAAUUUUGGUAUUUGUUAAGCACUUACUAUGUGCCAGGCCCUGUACUAAAAGCGCUGG